AUGAAAAAUUCCACAUUUUCUGAAAAAAUGAAGAAAGUUGAUGCCAGCAGACAUAUAGAAUGUUUCAUUGCUGAACAGAGUCUUGUUGGUACUGCCAUUGGAGCUGCAUGUAGAGAUCGUACCGUGCCUUUUGUAUCCACUUUUGCCUGUUUUCUCACCAGAGCAUUCGACCAGAUUAGGAUGGGCGCUAUUUCUCAAACCAACGUGAACUUCGUCGGUUCCCACUGUGGAGUAAGCAUUGGAGAAGAUGGUCCUAGUCAGAUGGGUCUGGAAGACUUGGCGAUGUUCAGGUCGAUCCCCGGCAGCACUGUAUUCUACCCAGGAGAUGCAGUUUCGACAGAACGUGCUAUCGAACUUGCUGCUAACACCAAGGGAGUCACCUUUACCAGAGUCAACAGGCCUAACACUGCUGUCUUAUACCAGAAUAACCACCAGUUCGCUGUCGGCAAAGCCAUUGUACUGAGAAAAUCCGAUAAGGACAAGGUAGUCCUAAUAGGAGCCGGCGUGACCCUUCACGAGGCCUUGUCAGCAGCUGACCAACUAGCUAAGGGUGGCAUUGGUGCCAGAGUCAUUGAUCCCUUCACAGUCAAACCCUUGGAUGCAGAAACCAUCAUCCAGAACCUCAGAGAAGUCGGUGGUAGAGCGGUAGUUGUUGAAGAUCACUAUCCUGCUGGAGGUUUAGGAGAGGCCGUAUGCGCAGCUGUAUCUCUGGAGAAAGGAAUUAUCGUGAAGCAUUUGGCUGUGCCAACCAUUCCAAGAUCUGGACCUCCAGCUGUCCUUCUGGACAUGUAUGGCAUUUCUGCUAAGCACGUUGUUGCCGCGGCCCAGGAAAUUUUAAAGUUGUAAUUUUGUUGUUCAAGCUUAAAGCAGUUGUUGUAAUUUUAUCAUUCCGCGUCAUUCCAAAUUUUGUAAGGUUUAUAUGGAAGUUAAUAAAAUUAUUGAUUGAUGGUUAUCAGUG